AUGGGUGUCACUUCUACGACGACUCAGUCCUCGACAGUUCAAGGCAGCAGCACUGGACAGAUGACAGGACAACAUGGUAUUGGCAAACAAUCUACACCACAACAAGGCGGUACAGCAGUAACUGGCGUCACUCCCACUACGACUCAGUCCUCGACAGUUCAAAUAAGCAGCGGACAAACGACAGGACAAUCUGGAAUAAGCAAACAUUCUACACCACAACAAGGCGGUGCAGCAGUUACAAGUGUCACUUCUACGACGACUCAGUCCUCCACAGUUCAAGGCAGCAGCACUGGACAGAUGACAGGACAACAUGGUAUUGGCAAACAAUCUACACCACAACAAGGCGGUACAGCAGUAACUGGCGUCACUCCCACUACGACUCAGUCCUCGACAGUUCAAAUAAGCAGCGGACAAACGACAGGACAAUCUGGAAUAAGCAAACAUUCUACACCACAACAAGGCGGUGCAGCAGUUACAAGUGUCACUUCUACGACGACUCAGUCCUCGACAGUUCAAGGCAGCAGCACUGGACAGAUGACAGGACAACAUGGUAUUGGCAAACAAUCUACACCACAACAAGGCGGUACAGCAGUAACUGGCGUCACUCCCACUACGACUCAGUCCUCGACAGUUCAAAUAAGCAGCGGACAAACGACAGGACAAUCUGGAAUAAGCAAACAUUCUACACCACAGCAAGGCGGUGCAGCAGUUACAAGUGUCACUUCUACGACGACUCAGUCCUCGACAGUUCAAGGCAGCAGCACUGGACAGAUGACAGGACAACAUGGUAUUGGCAAACAAUCUACACCACAACAAGGCGGUACAGCAGUAACUGGCGUCACUCCCACUACGACUCAGUCCUCGACAGUUCAAAUAAGCAGCGGACAAACGACAGGACAAUCUGGAAUAAGCAAACAUUCUACACCACAACAAGGCGGUGCAGCAGUUACAAGUGUCACUUCUACGACGACUCAGUCCUCGACAGUUCAAGGCAGCAGCACUGGACAGAUGACAGGACAACAUGGUAUUGGCAAACAAUCUACACCACAACAAGGCGGUACAGCAGUAACUGGCGUCACUCCCACUACGACUCAGUCCUCGACAGUUCAAAUAAGCAGCGGACAAACGACAGGACAAUCUGGAAUAAGCAAACAUUCUACACCACAACAAGGCGGUGCAGCAGUUACAAGUGUCACUUCUACGACGACUCAGUCCUCGACAGUUCAAGGCAGCAGCACUGGACAGAUGACAGGACAACAUGGUAUUGGCAAACAAUCUACACCACAACAAGGCGGUACAGCAGUAACUGGCGUCACUCCCACUACGACUCAGUCCUCGACAGUUCAAAUAAGCAGCGGACAAACGACAGGACAAUCUGGAAUAAGCAAACAUUCUACACCACAACAAGGCGGUGCAGCAGUUACAA